AUGGCUAGAAUAAUCACGGGUGCGAGAGGCAUUGGAAGGGUUCUAGUUGAAGACGGAUUUAAAUAUCAGUUUAAUCGACAGAGUCAAUCGACGAUGCAUUGGCGAUGUUGGCGAACAACUUGCGGCGCGAAACUAAAGACUAAUCUCUUCGACAGGAAUGAUGAAGAUCCAAACGUUAGAGUGGUGGAGAGAGAGCAGCAUGAUCAGGAAGAAGACGAUGCCGUUAUACAGAAAGGAAUCUUUCUCAACGAUGCCAAAGGCAGUGUACGAGACGAUCCAGCCAGACCAAUAAAGCGAGUUUAUGACCAGCACGUUUCAGCAAUUCACAGAGAGGCUGGCGGAUCCGAUCAAGAAAUUCCUGAUUUUCAAUCCGUUUGGUCACAAAUGUCAAGGGUGAAAUCGGCUGAAGUGCCCGACACGCCCCAAGAUAUCGACGACGUCAACAUCGAAGGUUCCUGGGCACGAUCAUGGAGAAACAAAAGGUUCCUGCUACAUCAGGACAAUGAUUGGGGCAUCGCUAUUUUCGGCACUCGAAGAAAUCUUUGUGCGCUUGAUCAAUGUCAACAAUUAUACAUGGAUGCAACUUUUCGCACAGCCCCACGACCAUACGAGCAAGUUUUCACUAUACUUGGCGAGUACUACGGACGAGUAUUGCCACUGGCCAUCGUACUUAUGACAAAUAGGGCUAUUGGCCAUUAUAGGCAAGUGUUGCAAGUUCUCCAGCGUAAAAUUCGGCGUGCGACUGGAAGUGAAUGGGAACCCGAGGCAAUUGUAUGCGAUUUUGAGCAAGCCCUAAUCACUGCUACCCAGACGGAACUACCUAACACCAGAAUAGAGGGAUGCUAUUUUCAUUUUAACCAGUCUCUCUGGCGCCAUGUCAAAGACCUUGGUUUGACCCGGGCCUAUCGAAACCACGAGCGUGUGAAGAAGCUCAUUAGAAAAGUAAUGUCCAUCGGUUUUUUGCCAACAGCCAUCGUGAGAAAUAACUUUGCAUUACUGCGCACAGAAAAUAGGACACGGCGAUUGUUUAGGAGAUAUCCAGGUUUGGUGGAGUUUUUCAACUACGUAUUCAACAACUACAUCAAUGGAAACUUUCCUGUAACUUUGUGGAAUGUGUACGAUCGUGACAUGGAUUGCCGUACAAACAAUAACGCUGAAG